CAGGAAUCAGCAAAAGCCCCCGUCAAGCUCGCCACUGUCGUGAAGGUCCUUGGCCGAACUGGCUCCCGUGGUGGUGUCACGCAAGUCCGUGUCGAGUUCAUGGACGACCCCAGCCGAACGAUCAUCCGUAACGUGAAGGGACCUGUGCGGGAGAAGGACAUCCUGGCUCUCCUGGAGAGUGAGCGUGAGGCUCGGUACGUCUCGAUCCUGUCUCGAUGUAUUCCAUGUGGUCUCAUUGGUCUGUUUGCAAUUAGCCGUCUCCGCUGA